AAGGUCGUGAUCGAUCGACUCAAUUUGAUAACCCAAAGGAACCUUAAAGUGUGCAAGGUCGUUAUGUAUAGUGAUAAAGCAGGGACUUUCCACGGUUAAAAAGUCAAGGGGGUGAGCCAAGGAGACGUGCCGUACUACUACGUGGCCUAUCGUCUACACACACGAUGCCGAGAUUUACAAGUACUCACUCGAGCAACUUGAGAAGAUGCUGACGCGGCGGUAAUCAAAUUCAUUGAAUCCUGUUCGCGUAAUGCCGAGCCAAGGCCAUCGCGAGAAGGCGUGCUUAGAACUUUGCGAGGCGCGCAGCAUCGAUUGCAAGAUCGUCACGAUGCCCCUCGAGAUUUCGAGAAGAGAUCCGCGACGAUAGAGCGUGCAUUAGUGAAACAACAAUAACACACGGGAUCCGUCGAUCGAGACGUAAACGUAAACUGCACCUUCGCUGCAAAUUGUAUCCUAUUUUUUUGUAUCGAGCAACUCAUAUCGUUCGAUGAAAUCCCCAUCGGUCUACACUAGUUACCUGACGAUUAUACAUCGAAUUUCAAACGCGAACGAGUUAGGAAACGGCCUCGCUCAAUGCUUCCUAGCGAGAAACGGAAUCGCAAUCAAGUACACUUGAUCCCUGCUACUCUGCCGGACAAUUCGUCCACGAGGAAACCAAUGAUCGAUGCAUGUCUGCAGCUCGACAGUUGAUCCCGGAGGAUCAAGACCCCCUUUCCCCCUAUAAACCACGUCAAAGGAACGAAGCGAUGAUCGGUCUGUAGAUCGGCGCGCUCGAUGAAUCGUCGUAGAAUCGAGCAUCGAGCAACAGCCAUCACCACCCGAGGAAGAAGAAGAAGAAGAAGAAGAAGAAGAAGAAGAAGUCGUAGAAGGAGCUUAGCCGCGUAGCGUCGUCUCGAUCUCGAGAGAGAGAGAGAGAGCCGUCCCGGGUGAUGCGCGGAAGCAGCUCCGAACUCCUGCUGGAGGCGAGCUGCAGCCAGUGCCAGAGCGAUUACGAUCGGGGACAUCAAGGUCGGGGCAGCGGCGGCGAGCACGACUUCCACGAGCGGGAGCUACGUCGUCGCAAGCUGUUGGAGCUCGGGUUCGGCGCGUCGCGGCGCCGACCGCCACGGCGUACCUGCCGUCAGCGGUUUAAUUUUUACGCGACAUCGGCGCUGGCCUUCGUCGCCACCUCAGGCGGCGCGGCACUCCUUUUCCUGGUACCGCUUUACGUCGACCCAGCCAUCAGCACUCUAGCGGCGGACUUCUCGCCGGAGCCGGUGAUCUGCACGACCUCGCGGCGCGAGGACCUUGCUGGUCUCUUCAACUGCACAUGGAGCUCGUGCCGCGAGGGAUGCACCAGUGAUGUGUACAGUUGCACCCACAUAUAUGUCACGUACACGCCGUGGAGUAACGUCAGUAUGAAGAACGACACCGGCGGCAGGAACAUCACCGCGAACACCACGGCUGAUUUCAGCACCGUCACUGCCGCAGUGUCCUCUCCGGGGGACGUCGAGGCGGUGCUGCUGGUGAACAUCAAGGGUUGCGGAUAUCCGCCGGUAGUCGAUUGCAAAAACUUCACCCGCGAGUUGGGUUACGAAGGCGCGAAGUUUCCUUGCCAUUAUAGCCGGGUGAACGGUAGCAUAGUGUUGGCGAACUAUAAUCGCGAGGCACAGGUCGCUACCAUCAUGCACUUCUUCGCGGCGCCUUUCGUAGUGACUCUCGCGACCAGCGUCGCGCUGUGUGUGAUGCACUGUGACUGCAGAUGCACGCCGCCACCGCGACAUCCGCCGCGCGGUAUGAGAAGAUCCAGGGGCAACGACCUCAGCGACCACUCAAUCAGUAACCGCGUGGACCGUCGUGGACACCCAACGCAUUGCGAGUGUGGCGAAGCGAGGCCCUUAUGA